ACCCUCUCUCCCUUUCUCCAACUUCUCCACCAUAACUCUACACUCCCAACCUCAAAUCUGUAAACUUUCAGAUAUUAUAUUGCAGUCAUGUCUCAAUUCCCUCCAGUCUACAUUGUGUCUGCCGUCAGGACUCCUGUCGGAUCAUUCCUGGGAUCUCUUUCGAGCUUGAGCGCAAUUCAACUCGGAAGUCUUGCCAUCAAGGCCGCUGUCGAGCGUGUCCCAGAAAUCAAGCCAGAGGAUGUUGAGGAGGUGUUCGUUGGAAAUGUCCUGUCCGCAAACCUUGGUCAGAACCCAGCCAGGCAAUGCGCCAUUGGUGCCGGCCUCUCAGAGGCCACUGUUGCCACCACCGUCAACAAGGUGUGUGCUUCAGGAACCAAGGCCAUCAUCCUUGGUGCGCAGACAAUCAUGACUGGAAACGCCGAUAUCGUCGUUGCUGGUGGUACCGAGUCCAUGUCAAACGCUCCUCACUACCUCCCAGUCCUCCGCAACGGUGCCAAGUACGGAAACCAGACCCUUGUCGACGGUGUGUUGAAGGAUGGUCUGACCGAUGCAUACGGCAAGCAAGAACACAUGGGCAUGCAGGGAGAGGAGUGUGCGCAGGACCACUCCAUUACUCGCGAGCAGCAAGACGAGUAUGCCAUCAACUCUUACCAAAAGGCACAGAAGGCCACCGAGGCCGGUCUCUUCAAGGCCGAGAUUGUCCCAGUGGAGGUUAGCGGAGGCCGUGGAAAGCCAAACGUGGUUGUUGACAAGGAUGACGAGGUCAAGAACCUCAACAUCGAGAAGCUGAAGGCCAUGCGCCCGGCUUUCCAGCCAAACGGCGGAACCAUCACUGCCCCUAACGCGGCACCAAUCAACGAUGGUGCAUCCGCACUUGUGCUUAUGAGCGAGGCCAAGGUUAAGGAGCUGGGACUUAAGCCCCUGGCAAAGAUUCUUGGCUGGGCCGACGCAGCGCAAAAGCCAAGCAAGUUCACCACUGCUCCAGCUCUCGCUAUUCCAAAGGCCAUCAAGCACGCUGGCAUCGACGCAUCCCAGGUUGAUGCUUAUGAGAUCAACGAGGCCUUCUCUGUUGUCGCCCUUGCCAACAUGAAGAUUCUCGGACUCGACGCCGCCAAGGUUAACAUCAACGGUGGAUCCGUUGCUAUUGGACACCCAUUGGGAUGCUCCGGAGCAAGAAUCGUCACCACCCUCAUCCAUGUUCUCAAGGAGCAGAAGGGCAAGAUCGGCGUUGUUGGCAUCUGCAAUGGUGGUGGCGGAGCAUCCGCAAUGGUCAUCGAGCUCGUUUAAAUGGAGCUUUGUCAGACUCAAAAAGAGGUUGGCGACGCGCAAGCUUGCCUAGAUGCAUGUCAGGAGGUUGAGUAUGUUUCAAAAGUAGCGCACAAUUAGAAGCAGUAUUCAAAUUUAAUGAUUAAUAAACACAACUUGACCG